AUGGCAUCUCUUCUGCCCCCUGUUGGUUCUGAGAUUUUCAAACGAUUCACACCAGCAUCACUGGAGGAAAUCCAACGACGCCAUGAAGCUGAAGAAAAGGAACAUCAGAUAAGGAAAGAGAACAAUAUUGAGAUUGCAGAGGAAGAUCUUCCUAAACCAGUUAGUGACCUGGAGGCUGGGAAACCCCUUCCCCUUAUAUAUGGAGACCCACCUCCUGAGUUUCUCAACACCCCAUUGGAGGAUCUGGAUCCUUUCUACCAAUCACAGAAGACCUUCAUUGUGCUCAGUAAAGGAAACAUCAUCUACAGGUUUAAUGCUGAGCCUGCCUGUUACCUCCUGAGUCCAUUCAACCCACUGAGGACCUUAGCCAUCAAGAUCCUCAUUCAUUCAUUAUUCAGUCUGUUCAUCAUGGUGACGAUUCUGAGCAAUUGUGUCUUUAUGACAAUGAGCAACCCUCCAGCAUGGAGCAAGACAGUCGAAUACGUGUUCACAGGCAUCUACACAUUUGAGGCAACAACCAAAGUUUUGUCUCGAGGAUUCUGCAUUGGAGAAUUCACCUUCCUCAGAGACCCGUGGAAUUGGCUGGACUUCAUGGUCAUCAGCAUGGCGUAUUUGACAGAAUUUGUGGAUUUGGGAAAUGUUUCUGCAUUGAGGACAUUCAGAGUUCUUCGAGCCCUCAAAACCAUUACUGUCAUCCCUGGUCUGAAAACGAUUGUUGGAGCCCUCAUCCAAUCAGUGAAGAAACUGGCUGAUGUCAUGAUCCUGACAGUUUUCUGCCUCAGUGUCUUUGCUCUGAUUGGUCUUCAGCUUUUCAUGGGAAACCUGAGGCAAAAAUGCGUCCUGAUGCUGCCACCAUUGCAUAGCAACCACACGGCAGAUAUCAACCUUAAUGCCAGUUUCCAUAUCAAUGACACUCACAACAACAAUACAGGAAGCAGUGUCUUUGAUUUCUAUGAGUAUAUCAACAACCCAGAGAACCAUUACUAUCUUCCUGGUCAUCUUGAUGCUCUGCUGUGUGGAAACAGCUCUGAUGCUGGGGUUUGUCCAGAUGGUUACAUCUGUAUGAAGGCAGGGAGAAACCCAAACUACGGCUAUACCAGCUACGACACAUUUGGCUGGGCAUUCCUGGCUUUGUUCAGACUCAUGACUCAGGACUUCUGGGAAAAUCUGUUCCAGCUGACACUGCGAGCAGCAGGUAAAACGUACAUGAUCUUCUUUGUGGUCAUCAUCUUCCUUGGAUCGUUCUACCUCAUUAACCUCAUCCUGGCUGUGGUCGCCAUGGCAUACGCCGAACAGAAUGAAGCCACCAUAGCUGAGGCCAAACAAAAGGAGGAGGAGUAUGCUCAGAUCCUGGAGGCACUGAAGAGGAGAGAGGAGGAGCAGGCAGUGAACAAGGUGGAGCUGUUAGAGAAUCAAGAUUCAACGCCACAGAAGAAGAAUUUAUCUACAGAUAUAAAGAGCAACAAGCAAGAGCACAGUGCCAUGGAAGACUUUGAAGAUGACCAGAGGCCUUGUCCUCCAUGUUGGUAUGUGUUUGCUGACACCUUCCUAAAGUGGAACUGUUGUGGUUGUUGGCGGUGGGUCAAGAAGUGGCUUUACAUGAUCGUCAUGGACCCAUUUGUCGACCUCACCAUCACCAUCUGCAUCGUCCUCAACACUGUCUUCAUGGCCAUGGAGCAUUAUCCAAUGACUGAGGAGUUUGAGGAGCUGCUGAGCAUUGGAAAUCUGGUCUUCACAGGUAUCUUCACAGCUGAGAUGGUCCUUAAACUUCUGGCCAUGGAUCCGUAUUACUACUUCCAGGUGGGCUGGAACAUCUUUGACAGCAUCAUCGUCACGAUGAGUCUGGUUGAACUGGGAUUAGCUAACGUUCAAGGCCUGUCAGUGUUACGCUCAUUCCGAUUGAUGCGAGUAUUUAAGCUGGCCAAGUCCUGGCCAACCCUCAACAUGCUGAUAAAGAUCAUUGGGAACUCAGUGGGUGCUCUAGGGAACCUGACUCUGGUUCUUGCCAUCAUUGUCUUCAUCUUUGCUGUCGUCGGCAUGCAGCUGUUUGGGAAGAACUACAAAGACUGCGUCUGUCGCAUUGCAGAGGACUGCGAGCUUCCUCGCUGGCACAUGCAUGACUUCUUCCACGCCUUCCUCAUCAUCUUCAGGGUGCUGUGUGGCGAGUGGAUUGAGACCAUGUGGGACUGCAUGGAGGUGUCAGGUCAGACCAUGUGUCUGAUUGUCUUCAUGAUGGUCCUGGUUAUCGGAAAUCUGGUGGUUCUGAAUCUGUUCCUGGCCUUGUUGCUAAGUUCGUUCAGUGGUGAUAAUCUGGCAGCUCCAGAAGAUGAAGGAGAAAAUAAUUUGCAAAUCGCCAUAAACCGGAUUAACCGGGCUGUGACCUGGACCAAGGCCUGGAUCCUGGAGCAUAUCUGGUCUUCAGUGGGAAAAAACAAACAAGUCAACCAAGACCAGUCCAGUGCAGUCAGCUGUGAAGAAGACAACACAAUGAGAAAGGAGGUUUUAGCUUUGACCUUUGUGACCUCAGAUGAGCCAGUGUCCCAUGUCAAAGCCUACAGUUUCAACCAUGGCAUUCUGACCAGUAACUACCACAGCAUUGCCUCCCUGAGGGUCCCCAUAGCAGAAGCAGAGUCUGACUCUGACAUGCCUGAAAAUGAAGAUGAAGAGGAGGAGGAAGAAGAAGAAGAUGAGGGUGAUGUGUCAUCAGUCUGCAGCACUGUACAGCAAAUUCCUGAAGUCCAAAAGGAGGAAGAUAAUGAUGAUACAAACACACCUGUGAAUUGCUGCAGUGACAAGUGUUACAGUCGCUGUCCGCUCCUGGACAUAGACACAUCCCAGGGCCGGGGAAAGGUCUGGUUUAACUUCAGGAGAACUUGUUUCACCAUUGUAGAGAACAACUACUUUGAGACAUUCAUUAUAUUCAUGAUCCUGCUGAGCAGUGGUGCUCUGGCUUUUGAAGACAUCUACCUCGAGCAGCGUCAGGUCAUAAAGACAGUCCUGGAGUAUGCAGAUCAGGUGUUCACCUAUGUGUUUGUGGUGGAGAUGAUUCUCAAGUGGGUCGCGUAUGGAUUCAAGACCUACUUCACCAACGCCUGGUGCUGGCUUGACUUCCUCAUUGUAGAUGUAUCUCUGGUUUCACUGACAGCAAACAUCCUGGGAUACUCUGAACUGGGAGCUAUUAAGUCUCUGCGGACCCUGAGAGCCCUGAGGCCCCUGAGGGCCCUGUCUCGCUUUGAGGGGAUGAAGGUGGUGGUUAAUGCUCUGGUUGGCGCAGUCCCAUCAAUCUUCAAUGUCCUCCUUGUGUGUCUGAUCUUCUGGCUGAUUUUCAGCAUCAUGGGUGUGAACCUGUUUGCAGGAAAGUUUUAUUACUGUUUCAAUGAGACUUCAGAGGAGAUGUUUCACUCUGACGAAGUCAACAACAAGACCCAGUGUUUGGCGCUGAUUCAGGAAAACUUCUCUGAAGUCCGUUGGAAAAACCUGAAGGUCAAUUACGACAAUGUGGGGAUGGGCUACCUGUCUCUGCUGCAAGUGGCCACAUUUAAAGGCUGGAUGGACAUCAUGUAUGCAGCAGUGGACUCCAGAGAGGUGGAGUCCCAGCCGAUGUAUGAAGACAACCUUUAUAUGUACCUGUACUUCGUUUGUUUCAUCAUCUUUGGCUCAUUCUUCACCCUCAACCUUUUCAUUGGAGUCAUUAUAGACAACUUCAACCAGCAGAAAGCUAAGUUCGGAGGAGGUGAUAUUUUCAUGACAGAGGAGCAGAAGAAAUAUUACAACGCCAUGAAGAAACUGGGCUCUAAGAAACCUCAGAAACCUGUCCCACGGCCGGAGAAUAGGUUUCAGGGUCUGGUCUUUGACCUGGUGACCCAACGUUUUUUUGAUGUUCUCAUCAUGGUGUUAAUCUGCCUCAACAUGGUGACUAUGAUGGUGGAAACAGAUGAACAGAGCAAGGAGAAAGAAACCAUCCUUUACUGGGUCAACCUUGUUUUCAUCAUCAUCUUCACCACAGAGUGCAGUCUAAAGAUCAUCGCUCUCCGUCAGCACUAUUUUGCUGUUGGCUGGAACAUCUUUGAUUUUGUGGUGGUUAUACUUUCCAUUGUAGGCCUCCUUCUUGCUGACAUCAUAGAGAAGUACUUCGUAUCACCCACACUCUUUCGUGUAAUCCGAUUGGCUCGUAUCGGUCGAAUCCUUCGUCUUAUUCGUGGAGCCAAGGGGAUCCGGACACUGCUCUUUGCCUUGAUGAUGUCCCUUCCUGCUCUCUUCAACAUUGGCCUCCUCCUCUUCCUCAUCAUGUUCAUUUUCUCCAUCUUUGGUAUGUCUAACUUUGCCUACGUGAAGAAGGAAGGGAUGAUCGAUGACAUGUUUAACUUUGAGAACUUUGGAAACAGCAUGAUCUGCCUCUUCAUGAUCACCACAUCAGCAGGAUGGGAUGGUUUGCUGAAUCCUAUUAUGAACACACCCCCAGACUGUGACCCGGACUUUGAAAACCCGGGAUCAGCAGUCAGAGGGAACUGUGGCAGUCCAGCGGUAGGGAUUGUUUUCUUCACCACUUACAUCAUCAUGUCCUUUCUGGUGGUGGUCAACAUGUACAUUGCCAUCAUCCUGGAGAACUUCAAUGUAGCCACCGAGGAGAGCAGCGACCCACUGUGUGAGGAUGACUUUGAGAUGUUUUAUGAAACCUGGGAGAAGUUUGACCCUGAUGCCUCACAGUUCAUACAUUACAGUGAGCUCUCAGACUUCUGCGAUGCUCUGCAGGAUCCUCUGCGGAUUCCAAAACCCAACACCAUCACACUGAUCCAAAUGGACCUGCCUCUGGUACCAGGAGACAAACUGCACUGUCUAGACAUACUGUUGGCGCUCACUGCACAGGUGUUGGGUGAUUCAGGGGCCAUGGACACUCUAAAAGGCAGCAUGGAAGAAAAGUUCAUGGCAAACAACCCCUCCAAGGUGUCAUAUGAACCAAUCAGCAGUACCCUCCGGAGGAAACAGGAAGAGGUGGCAGCGAUGGUGAUCCAGAGAGCGUACAGGAAGCACCUCCUGCAGCGGACGGUCAAACUGGCAUCCUACAAAUAUAGAGAGAAGUUGGCGAGCCCGCGAGACAAGCCACCAGAAACAGAAGGACUCAUUUAUAAACAGCUGAGUCUGCUAUUCAGCGACAACAAUGAUCAGAUGGUUUCAGGCAAGGAUUGUCCUACCCGGGUGGAGCUUCAGAGUGAGUUUCUCCUCCAUGCUGCCCCUCCACUCAGCACCACUGAUUUUUUUCAAGAUGAGAACCUGAAGGAAUCUGUUGUGUGAUGGUUCACCUGCUCCUCGAGUUUCUCCUCUCAUCGAUGAUGGUCACCUGUGGGAGGAGCAGCAGGUACUCUUUGUGCAGACUCAGCAGAGACUCUGCCUUCUUUUCAUGUUUGGAAGUUAACACCCUGUGUGAUGUUAAACUUUACAAGUAAACCUUAUUAUAACCUGAGUAUUUAUUGCUCAUCAACCCAAACGUUAUAACUUGUGUGUUUGAGAUCAUAUCUGAAACUGCU